UCUGCAGAUUGCGAAUGGUGGCAUAAUAUUCGCAAUCGCAACAACGUCACGUCAGUGUGGAACCGACAAACUGCCGUGAAACGUUUAAAAAAUAUUAAAAUGUCUUGCAUAGUUAGUGAAAUGUCAGUUAAAAGUUCUCGUUAUUUGAAAACAAUUUGCAGUCAGCGGUUCUUCAAUAUUCUCUAAUUUUACAGUACACAAUUUAUUAAAAAUGGCUGACGUACGGUUACUUAUACAAGAAGAAGGCCGGGCAGCCAGAAAUUUGAUAGCUUUCAACGUGCCAGUUGGGACGAACAACACUGAAAAGAUUACAAAAAAACCUCCGAGUGUUCCAAGAGUAUCACAGGCAAACAGUACUAAAAGAUCCAUGAAACCGACAGCUAGAGUGAGAUCGGCUUCUACUGGCCGGGAUAAAAAAUCUGAAUUGCAGGCUAGAUAUUGGGCUUUCUUGUUUGGUAAUUUGCAAAGAGCAGUAGAUGGCAUUUAUCAGACCUGUGAAGAAGAUGAAAAUAUUUCCGAGUGCAAAGAAGUGAUAUUAGUUUUAGAAAACUACACUAGAGAUUUCCACAAUCUGAUCGAAUGGUUUAGAGUGAAAUGGGCUUAUGAGAAUUCACCACCGCCGUUAAGACGUACUCCAUUGGCAUGGGAAGUAAGAAAAACCUCGCCUUGCCGUAUUUGGAAUUCGACAAUGAUCCCAAAAUCCACUAGUCCAUUGCAAAGGAUGAGCCCCACAGAAUCCAUUUGUAGGAGUCCCGUUGACCAAGUUAUUUCAGAGAAUAAGCCUAUAGAUAAUAGAAAAAGUUAUGUAAAAGGUGAUUCUGCACAAAGAAUAUUGAAGGAUAGCCAAAGUAAUGUUUCUAAAAAUAAUGUAACUGAGAAAUGUAAAAAUGUAAUGGAUAAAGGAGUGAAUCAGUCGUUGAACAAAGAUAAAUUAGCUUCGCUAAAAGUGAACAAGAACCUUGUGAAACAUACGAUACCUACAAAAACCUGUAACAACGCAGAUCAGAAAACGAACGAAGCAAAAAAUAAGAGUGGAUCGAAAUCACCCAAGACUGGAGUCCAUCACAGUGUGAGCAAGACGACAGAUUCAAAUGUGAUGACUGAGAAGAGCGAUAGUGACAAGAGUACGCAAUUGAUUACGUCGGCAGAAAAGGAAUUUUUCAAAUCUAAUAGCACGGAUAAUAAGUCAAGUCUGCAAAAUAAUUUGCAAGUGAAACCACUGAGCCCAAAGAACGAUUUGGGUCUGGAAAAGAACGAAAUUAAUUCUAAAGUAAAGAGGCAAAGUGCAGGGAAAAAUGUCCAAACUGUCGGUAUAGAAAACGUGGCCACUGAAAAUAAGAUGGUAGAGUUAAAGGACAAUACCGUGGCGAAUAAGAACAUGCAGAAUAUUGUAAAAUCUUCGAAUAGAAUUAACCAGAAAUUGAAGAGGCAAUCGAGUAUCAGUGAUAAUUCGAAUAACAAGAUGUCGACAAAAUCCACCCCCGAUACAUCUAAUAUGACUAAACCGUUAAUUAAUACGACCAAGCCAGCGUAUUCUACAGUGUCACAAAUGAAGGUUGUCAAGCCAAAGCAACCGUCGUUAGAAACUCCAAAAUUUUUUAGGAGUAGAACGACGUUAAGUGACAAAAACUCGUCAGCCCCGAACAAAGCUAGACCCGGUACGUCCGUAAUAGUUGGGCAACGUUUUCAGCCAAUCGACAAUAAGAUUUCAGAGCAAUGCUCACUGAAGAAGGAUCAAACCAGGGAUAUGAAUGGUUCGGUAGAAGUAUUAACGAAACAGCCGCAAGUUGUCAAAACGAAGGAAGAAGCAGAUGGUUGGCAAACGGUUCGCGGGCGUUGUCGAAGGGGCAGUACGCAUAACCUGAACAUGUCCACGAGAUUCCACAAGCCAAGCACUGCCACGUCAUUACCGGCAUUGUCAAUAGAAAGCCCCUCGGAGAAGAAUAAAAAGAACAGUUUGACUCCGGAUGGAAAUGGCAGACAGAAGAAAAAGUACAUCAUAGAAAAGGAGGGCAAGAACAUGAGUAACGAGGUGGAAAAGGUCAAAGGGGAGUCAGUCGUGAACCUUACUCUCAAGGACAAGGUGGAAGAGGUAUUCAAGAACACGAUCAACCUAAACGAGAUAAACUCUACGUCAAUGAUCGCGGCUAUUUUUAAAAGCGACGCGGAAUUAUUGGAGAAACGUAUACAGCAAUUUAUGGCCGCGCAGGCCGAAAGAGAGAGGAUAAUUUUAGAAGAGGAAAGGAAAACCGAGGAAGCCGACUCGCAACGAUCGCAACAAUUGUCGGACGAAGAAGCGUUCCUGCAUAGACAAAUCUUGGAAUUAGAAUGCGCGGAAACCGACGUCGAUACCGAGACCGAUGAAACGGACGGUGAAAUGAUACUCGAAAUAGAAGACGACCAAGCGACGUCUCCCAGCGUUCCCGACGACGUUAGUUUCGAAGAUAGAUACGAAAACAUGUUGGAUGGAAUGUCUUGGGCAGAGUGCGUCGAUACGCUCGCCCAGCUGCGCGCGUUGGUAGCUCGUCACCCCGGCAGAGCCUUGGAGUUGCACCAGAAAUUAUCGUCUCCGUCCCGAAAAAGGUCGUUGCCCGAGACGUUGCGGCGAUACCAAGCGAAACAGGCUUGUGCUCAACACAAGCGGCAAAAGCUUUUAAUGGAAAAAUCGCAAAGGCUACGGGAAUUGUUGAAUAAAGUGAAAGAUGUCAAGAGCGCAAAGAGCCAGUUGAUUGAAGACAAGAGAAUCAGAAUGGAAAUGAAAUUGAAGAAGGCGGAAGAGAACAGAACGCAGCAUUUGCUGGAAGUAGUGAGGAAAGCUCACGACGAGGAUUCAAAGUUGAAGGAGAUUGCAUUUAUAAACGAGCUUGAAGCACAGAAUAAGAGACAUGAUUUCAUGGCGUUGUGUCAAGAACAGGAAGAGAGGUUGCAAGGAAUUCAAGAAGAGCGCCAACGCAGACAGGAGGAGAAAGCUGCCAAAGAAGCCGCCGCUGAAGAACGUAGGCGGGCUUUGGAAGCUGAGAGACAGCUGCGGAUACAAAAAAUGAAGCAAGCUCGCCGCGAGCGUGAAGAACGAGUCGGUAAAAUGCAAUUGGAAAGAGAGAAAGAGCGGCAGGAGCACGCGAGAGAAAAAGCCAGGGAUCGGGAAGAACGUUUGUCGGCGCUUCACGCGGCACAGUUGGCGAAUCAAGAAGAAUUGCAGAAGAAGAUUGCCCAGAAGCAGCAAGAGUCAGCUAGAAGGCACGUUGAAAAUAUAGAACAGAUUCGACAGAGAGCAGUGGAGUCUUCGAUUUUGAGAUCCGAGGAAGUACCACCUACGUUGAAGUCGUAUCCCGCACAGAAACAAUGUUCUUUAUGCGGAACAGUGAUACCCAACGAAGUGCACUUGUUGUGUCACUUGAAAGGGAAAACGCAUCUCGCAGCAGUGCGGAACGUACACGAUGGUCGAGAACCGUCACGGGACGAACUGCAACGCUUUAACAUACUGCAAAUUCGCGAUGUACCGGUGGUGGAUAACAACGAUUCCAACGAAGUGAGAGCUGCCAAGGAGAAGCAGAAGGCUUUAAAACGGCGAUGCAGGAAGAUGAAGCAGCGUAUGAUUCUACGGGGUAAAGAGUGGGAGAGCAAUCACAAGAUUGACGAGAAUCAGAGUAUCGAGUCGACUAAUAAAUCCAAGUAUCGUCGAAAUCUGAAAGAAUUGGAUCGAUUGUACAACAACCAUUCAAAGACAGCUUGGUCCAGCGUCGCUAUUGCCGCCAUGGAACGUUGCCUGGGCGAGAUAACAAGAGCCUUCUCUAAAUCUUGCUCGUCCGAUCAGAACGCGUUUCGAAUUUUGAACGGCUUCGAAGUGUUGACCAAUCUGUUGAACAUUGGAUUGCAAACUCAAAAUGCGUCUCACAAUUUACCAAACAAGAGCAUUCUGUCCGUGUGCCGCGCGUUCAAACUGAGCGUUAGUGAGAGUGAUACAAACAUCGAAGCGGUUCUGUCGAGCAACAAAGUUCUCGUCAUCUUAGAUCUCCUGCUUCAGCAUCUAGAGACGCUCGCAAAACUUGACGACCAGCUCCAGGUGCAGGAGGCAUCCGGCAAUUCGACCGGAAGUGGAAUCGUAGCGAGCAGCCUGAUGCAAUUGCUGUGCAGUUUGAUCCCGGAGGAACCUUUCGAAAAAUCGGCAUUGCAAACGCGGGUCCAGGAUAUUGCUGGGUACCUGGUAGCUGGCGGUAUGGUAGAUCGAGUCUUUCGACACAGCCACGCUCUCAUUGAAACCGACUUCUUCCUAGAUCAAGAUCAUGAAUCACCAGUUCUAUCUUCCGCGUACGAUCUCCUUUACCGUAUCUGUUGUCACUUGAAAAAGUCCACCGAUCAAGAGUCCGCUGUCCACGAGAGUAAUAACAAUGUGGAACAAACGAACGUGGAGUCGCACCUCCUGUCGACGUUGUCCUCGACUGAAGCCGCGGGCGCGAUAGGUGCACUUUACGCUGCAGUCGCGUUACCGCCAACGUCACAGAAUCAGAAGGGGUCCUCGCCCACUCCUAAUCAGACGGUCUCGCAGUCUACGAGGAUUCUGAUCGUUCGCAGCCUCAGGCUGCUUAAAUCAAUCGCUGGGUUGAAUCUUCAGAAAUUACAGAAUCUGCUGGGCGCAGAGGGUACCAGCUUGCAAUGGCGGCUGAUAGCUAGUCAUGUGAUAACCCGAUUAUCACGAGAUCCAAUAUCGCACAAACCGGAAAUUGGAUCUGCGCAGAACACUAGCGGUACUUACAUCCUGUCGGAGUUGUUCCAAGUUCUCGGAUACUUUGCUGUGAACAAUCCGGAGAAUCAGUUGGUGCUGCAGUCAGCCGGGGCUGGUCCGAGCGUACUUCAGCAACUCUGUACUCUGCCGUUCCCGUUCUACGGUGCGCCGGGAUUAACGUCGUACAUUUUUCCAACGCUUUUGGCGGCCACUCAUCAGAAUCCGGAGGCAACGGCGAUCCUGUCCUGCGAGCUAUCUUACCAGCUCCUGGAGGAGUACAGAAACUCGGACGAUGGUAAGCUGAAUCCGUUGGUUCGUUUGCUGAAGGACUCGACUGGUCCGUAGCCUUAAGGGUUCGAUUAGCUCGUUUAAGUUUCUUCGUUACACGCGAUCGUCCUCGUAGAUGUUCGUUACCUACAGGAUCGUUAUUUCUAUUUAGUUGGUACGGGCCCGGGUAAUAGUCGGUGGAAAAUUGUUAUUAGGUACGUCCAUCGUUGAUUUUAUUUCCCUUGUGUCUCGAGGCUGGCACUCGACGAUCGUUUGAUAGUCAAAUUUAAAUGAAUUAGACAAGAUUGAAGAGAAAAUGACAAAUAAAUAUAUACAAUAUGUAUUUCCCUUAAUAGGGAAUCGAUCGAAGGGUUUUUGCAGAAAGUAAGGAUUAGAUAUAUAGGAUCCUCUCUUUUAUUUUAAGUGUUGAAUGUUCGCUAACGAUGUUCACGUUUCUCGGUUGGGUUUCUGCACUUUCUUUAAUUCUAUGCUUAUACUUAAUUAAACCACUUUUUUUGAGAUCUUUUUAGUGAAUUUCUCCUUCCUCUCGGUUAACUCCUAUUUCAGCUUUACGUUAUUCUUCUAUUUGUUUUUAUGUUUAUUUGUACUUAUGGUGACUUUGUGGAUUUACACGCGUUGAACUCACUUCGGAGGUUUUUCGAUCAGCUUAACUUCCAAUUCUUGUUUCUGAUUAGUAUGAUGAGUUUUACGUACAUCGGGUAGCAAAUUGUUUUAUUCAUUUCGGUUCUCUACGAAUAAUUCAAUUUUUCUAGUCAUCCAGGAAUGACUCUAGUCUUAGAGGAUCGCUUGAAAAAUACGAGAUCUGUGUUUAGCUGCUUACGUUCUUAUAAAUGCGAUUUUUUAGUAAAUCGCAGGGAUGAGAUCAGUUUUAUUUUUAUUGUGUCUUUAAAUAACAAAAUUUUAAGCGAGAAAAAGAGAAUUGUAAUGCGAGUCUAUUUCAAUGCAGCUACGAUGACUGGAAACAAUCUAUUUUAAUCGAAAGUAGAUUUCUGUGAUAGCAAAUGGGAUAAAUGUAGAUAUAAUGGAAAGAUAAAAAUUGACUGAGCUUCCGGUUAUUUUUGUUUUAAUAACUUUCUCUAACGAAUAGGAAGAUAUUAGACUGUUUCUGUACAAAAACUCUUCGGUUCUGUUUAAAUCUCUUGAUGGACGCACGUAAGGAAACAAUUUUCGCGCAUGAUUCAGAGACGUCGAGUACUACUACCAGUCGUUUGGUAGUUGACAUUAGCCGUACAAUUAAGAGCGAGGGCUGCUCGCUAUCUCCGCGUGUAAUCAUUCGCUACCUUGCCGAAGAUGCAAAACUUGACAAGUCCGUUUCGCUUAAUGAAACGUGCACUUUGCUCGUAAAAAACGAACUUCCGCUCGGAGUGAUCUCAUUAAAAUGGAUUGCAAAGUAAACAACAUCUUCGCUGAAACAUUAAACGUUUGAUGUAAUCAUCUGUGAAAAUAAAAAAAUUGCAUAUUUAAGAUCGCGAAUAAAUGGAAGUUCCUCAAAAAUCGGCGUAACGUUUCAUGAAACGGACUUGCUCGUUUUUGAAUCUAGUCGGAUCGGCAGUUCGCAGAGCUUUACGACUUUUCACAAUCACGUUUGUACGUUUAGUAGAUUCCUUCUCGUUCUACGCGUGCCAAUAUGUAUGUAUAAUGUAUAACUCGUGCAAACGGACGUGUCUUUCGAACCGGCCUUUCUAGCCGUUGUGCAAUGAUCGAGUUGUGACUCUAUUUAGAUACUAUUUAGUAUACUUCAGUGCGUGUAUGUGUGGAACCACGUGAACCGAGACAACGGACUUUGUAAGUAUGUAAAAUGCGUGAGAUACGGAAAAAUGUAAUGUAUGAGACAAACCAAAAGUUAAGUUCGACAUUCGGUCUUUUCAUUCUUCCAACCGAAUUAAUGUUCUUUCUUUUUCAAAUUUGAUGCAAUUUACAUUGUGAAGAUUGAGAAGUUAUUAUACUUGAAUGAUCUUUCUUCAUAGUUCGUUGAAAGUUUUCCAUAAGUGGUGUCAGCGUUCCUCAGUUUUAUAAUCAAUUGAGAAUCUCUGAUUUAUAAAGUCUCUUGUAUCUUAGUUAUUUACUGGCAAUUAUUUGUUUUGCUGCAGUUACGCGCGGUAUAUAAUUAAUCAAGGUGGAUUAAUAAAAGGAUUAACUACGACGAAGUAUAGUUUAAUUGAAAUUUGGCAACGCGUUCAGUACCACAAUCAACUGUUUUUCUUUUUUUUUUUUUUAUUUAUGACUUUCACUAGUUUUUGUUUGUUUCAUCUUUACAUAUUUUACUGAGAAUUAUUAUAUUUAUUUUCAAUUAUAAUUUACAUACUUAAUAUAUUGUUAAUUUGUAAUAUAAGUAAUUUUGCAUACGUUAUAUUAUUUGCAAACAGCAAACGUUUUCGUAUAUUUUUAUUUUUAUUCUACACUUUAGCUUACUUGAAACGGAGAAACAAGUUCUUAUCGAUACAGUGCAGAAAGCCUGAGUCGCAGAGGUAAGAGAUUGAAACUUGUUGUUCGUAAAUGAUCUUAUAAGUUACUUUAUAAGUAUUGAGGCCCUGAACGAGUUGGUAGAAAAGUAUUUAUCAAAAUCCUCGUAGAGAGGAAAUAUCCUUCGUAUAAAGAUAUUUAUUUGAUAAUGAUGUGGAUUUAUCGUGGUGCAAUGUGUAUGAUCAUAUUUAUUUCCGACCGGAGGAUCACGUAUGCGAAUGCAUACAUUAUUAUAGUUAAAGUGGUACAGGUUUUCGUGGCUGCAGCGAACGCACUCGUGCAAUGUCCUGCCAAUGCAAUUAAUGUUCAAGUAUUAUACAUACAUAUACUAUACUUAGCGAAUAUUUAACGGCGUGACGAAGAAAAUCGAGAUCGCCUAGGUUAAUGCUUUAAUGUAAUUUUCACUGUGCGAAAUUUUCUCGUUCGACGGCUGAGCUUUGAACGUGAAAUCAGAUUCCGAAAGAAAAUUUGUAAUCGUGAUUUUAUCGUUUCGUCGAUGAACUGUAAUGAAUUUUAGCUAAUUAUGAGAAUCAUUUCCAGGGCCGAAACGAUCGAACGACAAGAGUUUCGCAUGCGAUUUUAAUUUAGGAAUAAUAAAUAAUACCGCAAUAAAUCGAGCAAGCUUGUGGAGCUAGGAGUAGGACCAAUUUUCAUGCCGGAAACGAGUGAACAAUGCUAUUUGCGAUUGAAAAUAGUAAAACUGUUAGAAGAACGUGGGUUUCGUUAACUAUAAGCGACAGUUUUUUAAGUUAAAACGAAUUCUGAUGGGAAUAUAAACCAAUAUUUUCUCUCUUCCAUUUAACUUGACAUAGUUUCGCAACAAGCUGGCGCAAUGCUAAAUUUACUAUUUUCGUUCACAAAUAUCGACGUCUCUGUUAAACAAGAAUAGGAGAAAUAAAGUGAACACUAUUUUGUCAUCAAAAAGCUAACGAUCAGGGUGAUAACAGACAUCGACUGGUACUCGAAUCGCCAAUUUUAGCAAUAAUCGUGCUAAUUUUCAAUGUCUGUAAAAAAAAAUGUGCUUCUCGACGCAAACUGAAAAAAAUUUUCGUAUAGAUUCCUUGCAUUAUACAGUACCGAGUACGGUAAGUAAGAAGUACGUUGGCUGCGCACGUGUUCGAAAGUUUCGUCGAUAGAGAUAUAUGUAUACUUCCGCGACUGAUUCACAAUUUUUAACUCGUCCGCUUCGACGAAUUCUCGAUCAAUUUCGUCGAUCGAUCGAGGAUAGUCGGACAUAGAGCUUUGUACGUUUCGCUAGAGGUAGUGACGUAACUUAAACCAAUAAAUUUUGACAAGAAACCGUC